CUCUCUGGAAAAAACGCCGAAACUGAUGGCCCGACCUCCCAAAUAGUGGUUUAAAGGACGGGUUUAUAAGCCAAUGAAAGGGAUAAGGAGGUGGGGUUGCUGCUUUCACUGAGCAAGAAGUACCGUUACAGGGCAGACUUUUUGUCCAAUCAACACCUCAACACUUUGGGUCACGUGACCGCAGAGUGCGAGGGGCGGAGCUACAGUCUGGCGCGAGGAACCGUUAAGAUAGACAACAAAUGUAACCAAUGAGGUACUCCGACUAGGGGGUUGGAAACCCAAUAACAGUGGUUGGGCGGGCGCCUUCCUGGAGCGCGGGGAGAUGUAAAGAUAGACAAAUAAUUUUCCCAAUGAGACUGUAGAAGAGAGAGCUAAUUGGCCAAUGAGGACUGCGGGGCGGGACCCUGUGCCGCGGCGGAGUCCAAGAUGGCGGCGUGCGGUUCCGCUGUGUGAAACGAGCGCGGGGCGGCGGGUUACUCAGCUCCGCGGAGACGACCUCCGACGACCCGCAACAAUGAAGGGAAAAGAGCGCUCGCCAGUGAAGGCCAAACGCUCUCGUGGUGGUGAGGACUCGACUUCCCGCGGUGAGCGGAGCAAGAAGUUAGGGGGCUCUGGUGGCAGCAAUGGGAGCAGCAGCGGAAAGACCGAUAGCGGCGGUGGGUCGCGGCGGAGUCUCCACCUGGACAAGUCCAGCAGUCGAGGUGGCAGCCGCGAGUAUGACACCGGUGGGGGCAGCUCCAGUAGCCGCUUGCAUAGUUAUAGCUCCCCGAGCACCAAAAAUUCUUCGGGCGGGGGCGAGUCGCGCAGCAGCUCCCGGGGUGGAGGCGGGGAGUCACGUUCCUCUGGGGCCGCCUCCUCAGCUCCCGGCGGCGGGGACGGCGCGGAAUACAAGACUCUGAAGAUAAGCGAAUUGGGGUCCCAGCUUAGUGACGAAGCGGUGGAGGACGGCCUGUUUCAUGAGUUCAAACGCUUCGGUGAUGUAAGUGUGAAAAUCAGUCAUCUGUCGGGUUCUGGCAGCGGGGAUGAGCGGGUAGCCUUUGUGAACUUCCGGCGGCCAGAGGACGCGCGGGCGGCCAAGCAUGCCAGAGGCCGCCUGGUGCUCUAUGACCGGCCUCUGAAGAUAGAAGCUGUGUAUGUGAGCCGGCGCCGCAGCCGCUCCCCUUUAGACAAAGAUACUUAUCCUCCAUCAGCCAGCGUGGUCGGGGCCUCUGUAGGUGGUCACCGGCACCCCCCUGGAGGUGGUGGAGGCCAGAGAUCACUUUCCCCUGGUGGCGCUGCUUUGGGAUACAGAGACUACCGGCUGCAGCAGUUGGCUCUUGGCCGCCUGCCCCCUCCACCUCCGCCACCAUUGCCUCGAGACCUGGAGAGAGAAAGAGACUACCCGUUCUAUGAGAGAGUGCGCCCUGCAUACAGUCUUGAGCCAAGGGUGGGAGCUGGAGCAGGUGCUGCUCCUUUCAGAGAAGUGGAUGAGAUUUCACCCGAGGAUGAUCAGCGAGCUAACCGGACGCUCUUCUUGGGCAACCUAGACAUCACUGUAACGGAGAGUGAUUUAAGAAGGGCGUUUGAUCGCUUUGGAGUCAUCACAGAAGUAGAUAUCAAGAGGCCUUCUCGCGGCCAGACUAGUACUUACGGCUUUCUCAAAUUUGAGAACUUAGAUAUGUCUCACCGGGCCAAAUUAGCAAUGUCUGGCAAAAUUAUAAUUCGGAAUCCUAUCAAAAUUGGUUAUGGUAAAGCUACACCCACCACCCGCCUCUGGGUGGGAGGCCUGGGACCUUGGGUUCCUCUUGCUGCCCUGGCACGAGAAUUUGAUCGAUUUGGCACCAUACGCACCAUAGACUACCGAAAAGGUGAUAGUUGGGCAUAUAUCCAGUAUGAAAGCCUGGAUGCAGCGCAUGCUGCCUGGACCCAUAUGCGGGGCUUCCCACUUGGUGGCCCAGAUCGACGCCUUAGAGUAGACUUUGCCGACACCGAACAUCGUUACCAGCAGCAGUAUCUGCAGCCUCUGCCCUUGACUCAUUAUGAGCUGGUGACAGAUGCUUUUGGACAUCGGGCACCAGACCCUUUGAGGGGUGCUCGGGAUAGGACACCACCCUUACUAUACAGAGAUCGUGAUAGGGACCUUUAUCCUGACUCUGAUUGGGUGCCACCCCCACCCCCAGUCCGAGAACGCAGCACUCGGACUGCAGCUACUUCUGUGCCUGCUUACGAGCCACUGGAUAGCCUAGAUCGCAGGCGGGAUGGUUGGUCCUUGGACCGGGACAGAGGUGAUCGAGAUCUGCCCAGCAGCAGAGACCAGCCUAGGAAGCGAAGGCUGCCUGAGGAGAGUGGAGGACGUCAUCUGGAUAGGUCUCCUGAGAGUGACCGCCCACGAAAACGUCACUGCGCUCCUUCUCCUGACCGCAGUCCAGAAUUGAGCAGUAGCCGGGAUCGUUACAACAGCGACAAUGAUCGAUCUUCCCGUCUUCUCUUGGAAAGGCCCUCUCCAAUCAGAGACAGACGAGGUAGUUUGGAGAAGAGCCAGGGUGACAAGCGAGACCGUAAAAACUCUGCAUCAGCUGAACGAGAUAGGAAGCACCGGACAACUGCUCCCACUGAGGGAAAAAGCCCUCUGAAAAAAGAAGACCGCUCUGAUGGGAGUGCACCUAGCACCAGCACUGCUUCCUCCAAGCUGAAGUCCCCGUCCCAGAAACAGGAUGGGGGGACAGCCCCUGUGGCAUCAGCCUCUCCCAAACUCUGUUUGGCCUGGCAGGGCAUGCUUCUACUGAAGAACAGCAACUUUCCUUCCAACAUGCAUCUGUUGCAGGGUGACCUCCAAGUGGCUAGUAGUCUUCUUGUGGAGGGUUCAACUGGAGGCAAAGUGGCCCAGCUCAAGAUCACUCAGCGUCUCCGUUUGGACCAGCCCAAGUUGGAUGAAGUAACUCGACGCAUCAAAGUAGCAGGGCCCAAUGGUUAUGCCAUUCUUUUGGCUGUGCCUGGAAGUUCUGACAGCCGGUCCUCCUCUUCCUCAGCUGCAUCAGACACUGCCACUUCUACUCAGAGGCCACUUAGGAACCUUGUGUCCUAUUUAAAGCAAAAGCAGGCAGCCGGGGUGAUCAGCCUCCCUGUGGGGGGCAACAAAGACAAGGAAAACACCGGGGUCCUUCAUGCCUUCCCACCUUGUGAGUUCUCCCAGCAGUUCCUGGAUUCCCCUGCCAAGGCACUGGCCAAAUCUGAAGAAGAUUACCUGGUCAUGAUCAUUGUCCGUGGGUUUGGUUUUCAGAUAGGAGUUAGGUAUGAGAACAAGAAGAGAGAAAACUUGGCGCUGACCCUGUUAUAGUGGUUAUAGUGGUGUCCCUAAAGGGAGGAAAUGAUUUCAGGUAACCACAGUGAAAUGUUAAGCUGAAUGAAGAGUUUUAUAUGUAUGGUUUAAACAGAGUUGAAAAGUGAGAUUCCUGAAGUGUUCUUUGGCUGUUUAACAAUUAUUUGUAUGAGUGUUUUCUUAAAAUAACGGCUGCUGUCUUUGGUAACAUAGAUGAGGGUGGAUUUUUAAAUGGCUUUGUAUCGACCCCUUUCUACAAUAAUGUGGAGUAGUCUAUGUUGCUCCAUAUAAAUUACAGAAUGAAAAUAGAUGGGGCAAAAGUUUGACUAAACUUCACCUUUUUAUAGUUUCACUUUUUAAGUUAUAUUUAGAAUAUAUUGAUAGAUUAUAAAUUGAUUGUGAAACUUUUUUCUGAAUUUUUUCAACAUGUUUUACUCAGUUACAUGAGUGUAAAGGAUAUUUUCAGUCCUGUUAUCUUCAAUUGCAGUCUUUAAAAAAACCCACCCUAUUGUUCUACUUGUUAUAUGUCUAUUCAUACAGUAAAUUCAUUUCAAGGUUUAUGCCAGUGGGUAUUAUUGGUGCUUUUUGAAGUUGAGGUGAACCAUCCAGGAAGGUCUUGUUAAUGUUAUGUUCAUCUAUAAUGGCAUAGGGGAAAUAUAUAUAUUUUUAAUAUUGUAAACAUUUGUACUGAAUAACCUUUUUUUCCCCCCCCUCCGCAAGCAAAACUGGUUGAACAGCGGAUGAAGAUAUGGAAUUCAAAGCUCUAAUGGACCUUUUUGAAGAGAAGUUGUGGCUUAUGUGGAGUUUACAUGGGCCUCUGAUGGAAGAAAGCUAAUCUGUUUAGUAUUUGUGCAUUUUACUAAAAUGGCAGCUUAAAGUUGUGUAUCUGCUAUUGUGAUGCCAAUGCCGGUGUUUUAAGUGGAAAAAAAAUGACCUCUUUGCUUUGUGCUGUGUACACAAGAUUUCUGGAAAAGUAAAGAAAAACCCUUUUUAUGGCUCACACAGCUUAAGAGUAGCUGUCUCUCAAACCGUGCGCUCACAGUUGAGCUGCUUUUGUUUUAUUCUAAAUAAAUUGUUUCUUUUGAGGAAAA